UGCAGUUUUUUUGAAUGAGGUCGCUGUGAACAGAUUUUUUCUGCUGUUUUGUUAGGUGGCGAGGGUUUGUUGUGUGCAGCUACAUCUUGGAUGACUUGCACGCUAUGAUUUCCUGGAAAGUCCCCUUUUUCAACUCACAAACGUGAUUUCAUGCCAAUGUUUAGGCGUGAGCAUAGUCUAUAAAACUGUCUGACUGCUUCUCUCCAACAGUUUCAUUUGCAGCUUGAGAGCAAGUAACAUCUGCCUUAUAAGAUGGCUGAAGCCAUGGAUAAGCCGGAAUGUCUAAUAAACACUGACUCUGAAGGACGUCUGUAUGUUGUGAAGGAAGCUAAGGAAAUACUGGAUCGGAUUUCUCAGCCAGUUGUUGUAGUGUCUAUAGUGGGGCUCUACCGCACAGGGAAGUCUUACCUCAUGAACCGCCUAGCAGGAAAACAAACAGGUUUUGCUCUGGGAAGCACCAUAGAGUCAAAAACUAAAGGCAUCUGGAUGUGGUGUGUCCCUCACCCCACUAAUCCGGGAUACACACUGGUGCUGCUGGACACUGAAGGACUCGGAGAUGUGCACAAGGGUAAUGAAAAGCAUGACACAUGGAUCUUCUGCCUGGCUGUCCUGCUCAGUAGCACUCUGGUCUACAACAGCCUUGGGGUCAUAGACAACAAUGCACUUGAGAAGCUGCACUAUGUGACAGAACUGACUGAGAACAUCCGGGUGAAAGCACAGACAAGUGGAGAUGAUGAUGACUCAGCAGAGUUCAUGCGAGUCUUCCCGUCCUUCAUAUGGGCUGCUCGAGACUUCACACUGCAGUUAGAGAGGGAAGGCAAGGACAUCACAGCUGAUGAAUAUCUGGAAGGUGCUUUGGAGCUUAAAAGUGGUUAUGCCAUCGCUGUUGAAAAGUUCAACCUGCCCAGGCGCUGUUUGCAUGGCUUUUUUGCAGAAAGAAAGUGUUUUGUAUUUCCACGGCCAGCUGGAGAUGAUGACUUGAGAAGAAUGGAGGAGCUAACUGAGAAAGACCUUAACUCACAGUUUCGGAAGAAUGCUAAGGAGUUCUGCAGCUAUGUGUUUAACAAUUCCAAACCAAAAACCUUAACCGGGGGCAGGAUGCUUAACGGCAGUGCUCUUUGCAGUCUGGCGGAGGUCUAUGUGGAGGCUAUUCGUAGUGGCCGGGUUCCUUGUCUGGAAAAUGCAGUGGAGACUUUGGCUAAGAUCCAGAAUGAGCGGGCUGUGGAAGAGGGCCUGCAGGUCUACCAGAGUCAUAUUUUUGAGUUGAUCUGCCUUCCUGUUAAUCCAUCUGAGCUAUCAGACAUCCACAGAAUCGCAGAGGCAGCAGCUGUUGAUAUCUUUAUGAAAACGUCCUUCAAUGACACUGAGCAAAAAGCACAGCUAAAGCUUAUGCAAGAGAUCCAAGCUGUGUAUCAGGAGCUUUGCAGUAAGAAUCAUGAGGAAUGUUUAAAUGUUUGUAAGAAGGAGCUAAAACGGGUGUUUAGUCCAUUGGAGGAAGCAGUGGCUGGUUUCUUUAUGCGGCCCGGAGGCUACACAGAGUAUAGCGAAAAACUCCAGAGCCUCAUAAAUGAAUACAAAGUAUACACAGAAACACAGCUGAUGAGCGAGGAAGUGUUAAGUAAGUACCUGAAGGACAACGAACAGUUUGGGAGGAAUAUUCUUUUAGCUGAUCAGCACCUCACUGAAGCAGAAAGGAAAAAAGAAGAGGAGCGUUUGCAAAAGGAGGCUCUAGAACGUGAGAAAGAAAUAUUACAAAUGCAAGCGAAACUUCAGGAGCAGGCAUGCCAGGACCAGCAAAAGACCUACGAGCAGAAUGUGACCCAGCUGCUGGAACGUAUGGAGAAAGAAAGGCAGAGAGCAAAGGAGGAUAAUGAAAAAGUGCUGGAUGCUAAGCUUAGAGAGCAGAGGGUUCUGUUGGAAAGUAGAUUUAAGGAAAAAGCUGAUGCUUUAGAUAGACAAAUUAAAAGUCUGGAGGGAGAGAUGAAGAAGGAUAACGAGUCUAAUCCGUCUGUUAUCUGUCAAGUAAUAGAUGGUUUGGGCAAGGCAGCGAGCCUGUUCCUCCCCGGCAUCAUCCCUAAAGUCGCUGCUGGUCUGGUCACAUCAUUAAUAUCACGAUUACUUCGAUAAUCUUAUUGCUAAAAGUUAUUGUCUAUAUAUUUAGCUCAGUCGUUUUAUUAUAGUUUUUUAAUAUUUUAUUCUUGUAGUGACUGCUUAAAGGUAUUUGAAUGGUAUUAAUAUUUUGUCCAGCAACGACAUUGUAAACGUAAGGUGUGUUUCCACUGCAUGUUCUCCAAGGUUCAUUUCUUCAGUAUGAGUUAUUUAAAAAGAUACACAUUAAAGUAUUAAGCUGA